AAUAUGCCAACGACAUCCGGUAACAAUGGAAUACUGUAAUCCGGAGGACCAUUGUUAAAUGGUAUGUUUCCCUAAAUAAACAUGUCAGAUAUAGUUGAUAGAAAUACUGGCCUGCUUCUUAGGAUUUAUUGAAGAACCCGUAUUUAUCCUUCAAAAGAAAUAACUGGAGUACACUGGACUUGGAUUCUUCUUUUUGUCUCGACAUCAGCUCAAACUAGCACCAUGUCGACUGCUGUCAGGGAUUCUGCCCGUGUCCCGGUAAGAGUCGCUGGCGAUGGCAUGGAAACCGAGAAAACGCCCUCCACCCCGGAGCUCAGCACCGACACGUUGCCCUCGAGUCUCUCUGCUGCUCCCUCGGUCAAAGUGGCAAAGCCCAAACACAGCUCCAAGUCUUGCAGUCCUCCUCCCCCUGUUUCCCCACAGCCCCUUGGGGUUCUCCACCUGGGCAAGGUGGGGAGGGAGGCCUGCACGGAGGUGGAAGCCAUAAGGAUUGUCGUCCCUCGUGCUGCCAUAAGUAGAAGCAGCCGCGUAAUUGAGGCGAAGGUAGACGUGGGACAUCAGGGGGAAGAGCGAAGUUCUUCCCCGCAGCCAUCGGUGGAUGAUUGGAGGGGACAGCUAGAGAAGCUUCAAAACUCUGAACGCAGGCUUCUACAAGACAAGGAGGGCCUCUGCAAUCAACUGCGAGUGCAGACCGAGGUGAACCGUGAGCUCAAGAAACUGCUGGUGGCGUCCAUGGGUGAUGACCUGGAAUAUCAGUUUGAGCGUCUGGCACGCGAGAAGAACCAGCUGAUUCUGGAGAACGAGGCUUUGGGUCGCAGCUUGUCGCAUACGGCCGAGCAGCUGGAGCGCAUGAGUAUCCAGUGCGAUGUCUGGAGGAGCAAGUUCCUGGCCAGCAGAGUGAUGGCAGAGGAGCUGACAAAUGCCAGAGCAGCUCUGCAGCGCCAAACCAGAGAGGCACAAGGAGCCAUCCAGGACCUGUUGUCGGAGAGGGACGAGUUCUCCAGGGAAAUGCUGCUCACUCACAGAUCUCUGGAGCAGCUCCUGGUGUCUCUGCAGUGGGGCAGGCAACAGACGUACUACCCCAGCGCGCAGCCGCUCAGCACGGGCGAGAUGGCAGCAGCUAAUUACAAACUAGCGGACGCCAUCAACUCUCACCUGUUGGGCAACGCCCGCAGCGGCGCGGUCAAGAAAAGCCUCGCAGCGGCAGAGCAGCUGUGCAGCACACCGGCGGAGAAGAUGGCCGAGAAGGUGCCUCGUUUCGGAUCCUGUUCGAUUUUUAAAUUUGUUAUUCACUGGUUUUGUGUUGUAGGUGCUGAAGAUUUUAGAUCCCAUUUCCUGUGCGGAAAACAAGACAGAGUCCGCGCUCAGCGACUCGCCCCCGGCGAACUUUCCGAGCAACAAGAAGAGCAUCGGCAGGUUUCACCCGUACACUCGCUACGAGAACAUCACGUUCAACUGCUGCGAGCGCUGCACCGGAGACAUCCUCGUGCUCUAAUCGUGCGGCUGCAUGCAUCGGCAUCUUUUGUGAGAAUUUGGUGCUUUUCGGAUUUUAGAGUCAAGUCUUUUGAUUAUUGGAUGAAAAAAAAUAUUUAUUGAAUUUUUAGAACAUGAAUAAGUCGGCAAAAUUCAUGAGUUUGGUCAUGUGCCGUGAUUGGUUGUUACCGGAGCAGCUGUUAUGAUGUCAUUUAGUGGCACACAACAAAUUAUCAAGAAUUUUUUUCUGGUUGACUUCCCCUUUAUUUUGUUUGAAAAUGCAGUUACAGAGUUGUGUCAUAUUUUCUGCUAAUUUAAUAAAGACCAAAGAAGGUUCUACUGUUGAAAA